GGCAACUUUGCCGACUUUGCCAAUUAGUCGCCAACCACUUUGCAAGCCCCUGGGUGCACAUUAUUCUCAGCAUUGGUAAUCCCGCUUUCUGCAGUUUGUGAGCACACUCGCACCCAACACCGCAACGCGAAGGACGAGCAGCAUGUUCAGCGUAAAGGAGGUGGCUACGGCUUUCAACGCUGCCGCGAAGGCGCUUGGCGUGGACGGGCGCGAGCUCGACGUUUUGCUGGCCUCCCUGAUAUCAUUGUCGGAGGAGGAACUCGCCUUCUUUCCGAUAGGCGCUAACAACAAGGCAAUCAUCCAGUUCGUGCGGUCUCUUUCAAAAAGCAAGGGCGCCGCGGCUGGCCUGGGCAAGGAGAGCGCGCCAGGAGCCGGUGGAGGCGGAGGAUACAGCAGCCUGAAGGCGACACGUAUGAUGAAGGCGCUGCACAGCAUGCAGGAGCUGCCGGGGCCUGGUGAGGUGCUGAAGCUGGACGUCUCCUUCCUCCUCCACCCCGAGUACGACUCCGUGUUUGUCCGGGAGUGCUACCCGCGGCUUUUCGACGCCCUUGUGCGCCACCCCAAGCCCAGGAAGUACAUCGUCACGGGGACGCCGGGCAUCGGCGUAACCUGGUUCUCCUACUACCUGCUGGCCCGGCUCGUGAACAGCACGGCGCCGCCACCCUUCAUUGUGUGGGAGCACAUGACGAAACCGGGCAUGGCGUGGUGCUACACGCACAAGACACGCGAGGUGGUGAUUGGGGAGCGCACGAGCUUUGAUGAUGAGCUCGACAACCCCGCCACCUGGUACAUCGCCGACGGUGUACCGCCGCAACUCGACUGCCUGGCGCGCAUUGUGCUGCUGACACCGCCCGAGCGUAAGAUAUUUAAGCUGGACGAGUUGCUCGCGUGCCGAAGCCUGCUGUACGGCACCGUGGACGAGGCCCUUGUCAAGGAGCUGUACCGGCACUACGGCGGCGUCGCGAAUUUUGUGCUGCGAAGCCCGGAACAGAAACCCGACGAAGGACUGGACGACCUGCUGGAGGUGCUGCGCGACGCGGUUGCCGGCUGCAACGCUGCGCAGAUGCGAAGCUCGAUUGGCUCGAUCAGUACGGGGCCGGAGGCCAACCACAGCCUGUUGCACAUCGUGGCUGACGAAACCUUCCGGAUGCAGCACCUCGUGUUCGCCAGCCAGUGGGUGGCGGAUGAGUUCGCAAAGAAGGCGAUGAAGAGCGAUGAGCUGCGGGAGUUGAUCAGCCUGCUGAGCUCGGCGUCGGGUCCAGUCCGAAGCUCUCUCUACCAGGCCAUUAUGCACGCCGCGCUGCCCGAGGGCGGCUCCUUCACUGUUGCGCCGAUUGACGGCGAGACGUUGGAGCGGCGGGGUAAGGAGGAGGUACGGGUACUCGGCCGCGGCGCGAUUACAAAGGCCUUCAAGGACCUGCAGAAGGCCGCCACAGAACACGUCUACAACAGGCCGCUCAGCCCCACAUUCACGACGGUGGAUGCGUUCGAGCGCGGCGAGAAAACGUGCGACUUCUUCCAGGUGACUGUGGGCAGCAGCAAGGAGCUGGAAUCCCUCGAGCUGGAUAGCUUGCUCAACGACGUGCAGCUGCCGGAGGGCGUGACGCCUCGUCUGCACUUUGUGGUGCCGAAGGAUCGUUAUGCGAACUUCAAACUGAAGGCCGGGAAGAAGAACUGGCCACCGAAACCGCAGUCGCCGGCGUUCCGCAUGAAGCUGUACAUCAUGAAGGGCGUGUACGCGCGUCUGCAGGUGUGCGCCCGGUCCCUGCACGCGGGCUGCCCCAUGGCUGGUGGCGGCCGGCGGCUGUGGCUCUGACCGUGCUCGUACGAUGUGGCGUGGGCUGUGCGGCUGCUGGCCUGCGCACUGUGGUGUGCAGCGUGCGGGAAUGUCGUGUGACGGAUGUUGCCUCGUCUUGAACAUGCAAUAAACCGUAAUAUAAGGCGUUGCUCACGGUUGGGCGAGAGCUCUGGGGUCCUCUGUACCUCUCUGGACAGCUCUGGAUGCGCGUGUAGCCCUCUGAUGCCGGGGGUUAUGGGGGAGCGCAGGGCCCCACCUUGUGCAAUUGUGGUCUGACGGGCUGCGUUCCCACGAUGGGCAUGUGCUGCUCAGCCCGGGGGUGAGUCGGAGCUGGUGUUGGGGGUGAGUCGGAGCUGUCCUAUGAUAUACUUAAAAGGGUUUGAGGGGGAUGACAGUGCGCGGCUGCCGCCGCCGCCACCGCCGGAGCAGCAGGCGUAGGAGCGGCCCAGCGUGGCAGUGAUGGCGGCCGCAGCGACCUGGCUAGCCUGGCGGCUGUGGGGCAGGGGCAAGUGAAGCUGGCGGUGUCGCGCAUCGACAUCGUAGGGCCGGGUCUGGGCGUUGAGGGCGUGUGCUGCUAGGCGGCUCUCAGCCGCUGUCCGCCGAAGCUGGUGCAGGCGCGGUGCCCGUGAUGAACAUGUCGCAGUGCUUCAGGCACCGGAGAAAUCCCCUUCUUAUUGAUAGACGUAUUUAUAUAUCCUGCUGUGGCUGUAACGGAUUGUGAUU